CCGAAAUUCUAAUUUCUAAGCUAGGUUUAGGGUUUCCGAUUCCAUUCAUCAAAAAAUAGAAGUCGCCAGCAGCUGGGGAGUGCGUCCGGCAGAUCAGCGGCAAUGGCUCCAAAAAGAGGUGGGAAAGCUCCGGUUGUGGCUGCAAAGAAGAAGCAGGACAAGGUGGUGAACCCGCUAUUUGAGAAGCGUCCGAAGCAGUUUGGCAUCGGUGGUGCAUUGCCUCCUAAGAGAGACCUGACGCGACUCGUCAAGUGGCCUAAGACUGUUCAAAUCCAGAGGAAAAAGAGGAUUCUCAAGCAAAGGUUGAAGGUCCCUCCAGCUUUGAACCAGUUCACGAAAACACUCGACAAGAAUCUUGCAACUAGCCUGUUCAAGAUGCUCCUUAAGUACAGGCCUGAGGAUAAAGCCGAAAAGAAAGAGCGACUCUUGAAGAGGGCUCAGGCAGAGGCAGAAGGAAAAUCUGUUGAAGCUAAGAAGCCUAUUGUUGUGAAAUACGGUCUCAAUCACGUCACUUACCUUAUUGAGCAGAAUAAGGCGCAGCUGGUUGUGAUUGCACAUGAUGUAGAUCCAAUUGAACUGGUUGUGUGGCUGCCUGCAUUGUGCAGGAAGAUGGAAAUUCCCUACUGCAUUGUCAAGGGCAAGGCACGCUUGGGAACGAUUGUACAUAAGAAAACUGCAUCAGUUCUGUGCUUGACAACAGUCAAGAACGAAGACAAAUUAGAAUUCUCUAAGAUUCUAGAGGCAAUCAAGGCCAACUUCAAUGACAAGUAUGACGAAUACAGAAAGAAGUGGGGUGGUGGGAUCAUGGGUUCUAAAUCUCAAGCCAGGACCAAGGCCAAGGAAAGGCUUCUUGCUAAGGAAGCGGCACAGAGAAUGUCUUAAGCUUUCUGCUUGUUUGCUUCAGGAAAUUUGAAAUUUUUCCAAACUGAUAGCUAAAUUUUGUUGAGAUUUGCGUUGUUGUUUUUAUUUAUCUAUGGAGAUUGAUAGCUUGAACCACCAAAUUUUGUCGAGUAUCAAAGUUUGUCUCCAGCUUUACUCUAUUUACAAAAUUAUUCUUGCAA